CACUCACCCUACAUCAUCACGCCAGCAAUGCCCCCAGGAGAGCAACCCAAGCGACGUCUUUCGACCACCUCAAGCAGGCAGCCUACCACCAUCCAAGACAUCUUCAUCGGUGUCGGCCUCCAACUUGCGCCCCAGCCUGAUAUUUCCGAGGGACAAGAGGAUCCUGGUAGGGAUCUCGAAUACAGUGCGGUCAUCCACGACGGUACCGGUAUCAUUGAUAGCGAGACGUUCCAUACGACCUUUCACACGUAUGGCAAGGAUGAAGAUGGCCUUGCGGCGGAAAUGAAAAGGGUCGCGAGGGAUAUGCUCUAUUUGUUGAGAGCUAUUCAAACUAACCGGCAGGUCAACGUCAAGAUGAUCGCCGUCGCCGAACCUGUUCCUGACGAGCUUCGAGCCAAGAAUGGAGUUGAAUUCUUCCCUACUCUGUGGCUUCAUAUGGAUGCUAUACCAUUCAUCACCACUCCCUCUACUUCCAUCUUCACCAAGCUUCCGGCUCCAUCUACUAUUGCCAGCGGGACAGCCGCCGUUUCUGCAGCUGUCAAACACCUCCACCCGGCUACUCACUCUGCAACAACUGCUGAUGUCGCCCCGAAGGACCACCAUGUCCAAGUCGACUGCGAUGGCCAAAUUCGACUUUGCAGUAUCUUGCAAUACCAGCAAAGCUCUAGUGAGGCCCUCUGGGCGAGAUUCACGGCCCUCUCAAGGCUCUUGAACGCGAACAAAGUUUCCAUCGCAUUUUUCUCAGCCACUCCCCAAGGUGGAGGUGUCGCCCUCAUGCGGCACGCCCUCAUCAGACUCUGGCGAAUGGUCGGCCUCCCUGUCAAAUGGUUCGUCCCCGAAGGCCAUCCUACGGUGUUUAAUAUCACCAAGACCAAGUUCCAUAACGUCCUUCAGGGUGUUUCGCCCAAAGACGUGGAGAUCGGCGAGACGGAUAAGACCUGGUUUGAGCUUUGGACUGAGCAGAACUAUGAGAGUUUUUGGAGCAAUGGAGCUCUUGAUGCUAGCAUAAUCGUGAUCGACGAUCCACAACUGACUGCUCUCAUCCCAAUCAUCAAGAAGAAACGACCAGAUGCCAAAAUCAUCUUCCGUUCUCACAUCCAAAUCCAAUCAGAUCUUACAGACGAUCCCUCUACCGUUCAGUACAGGACUUGGAAUUAUCUCUUCAACUUUAUCAAAGAUGUUGACCUUUUCCUCGCUCACCCCGUGAAAUUCUUUGUCCCCAAGAAUGUCCAUGAAAACCUUCCCGUCCUGUACAUGGCCCCUUCCACUGACCCUCUCGAUGGAUUGAACAAGAUGUAUGGCCGCGCUUCCGUCAGGUACUACCGUCAGUACUUUAACCAGCUCUCCCAGGCUCAAUGUGGAGUCAAGAUUGAUUGGGAUAGAGGUUACGUCUGCCAGAUUGCGAGAUUUGACCCCUCCAAGGGUAUCGAUGUUCUCCUGAAAGCAUAUCUCGAGUUCCGACAGAAACUCGAAGAGUCCGAGAACCCACCACUUGACAAUGGUCCGCAGCUUAUCAUCAUGGGCCAUGGAAGUAUUGAUGAUCCUGAUGGCAGUUGGGUAUACGAAAAGAUCCAUGACACCCUUAAUUCGCCAGGGUAUGAACUCAUCCAUGGCGAUGUGGCUGUUGUCAGAGCUCCUCCUUCUGAUGCGCUCCUGGGUUGUAUUCUUCAAGGUGCCUGGGUCGCCACCCAGCUUUCUACCCGAGAAGGAUUCGAAGUCAAAGUCACUGAAGCUAUCAACAAGCGAGUGCCCAUCAUCGCCUCUGACGCGGGCGGUAUUCCGCUCCAAGUCAAGGAAGGGAAAAACGGCUGGAUCGUCCCUGCGGGUGAUGCAGCAGCUGUUUCUGAAAUAUUGUACAAGAUCCAUAAGGGCGAACUGAGUGUUCACCGAGGUUUGUCUGUGGAGAAAGAAUUGGAUGGGAAAAGUGACCCCAACAGUGUCGCUCAAGAAUGGGUCGGCAACUUUGACGAAGCGUACCGUAAGGUUCAUGAUGACGACGGUGCCACUUCGGAAGACUUCUGGACAGUUGGUAACGCCACUCGAUGGAUGUUACUCUUCGCCAAGCUCCUUGAUCUCAAGAUCGACCAAACCGGCGAGGUCAGUGAGCAGGAUGUAAACGUUUUGAAGGAGCUCGAGAAGGAGAAGUUGCCCAGUAAGGGAGAAGCGGGCGGAAACGUGUGGCACAUGUUAAUGGGGGACGACAUGUUGCAGGGUGAGGGCGCAUUGAUCUAACUGAUUACAGUGUCGUAUGUCUCUUGCUGCGUUAGGAGUAGAAAAUCAGAACCGUUGUUUAAUAAUACAUAGUUGUGAGAAUUAGAAAAGUGAUGAGGUAUAUGUGUACAUUUUCAAA